AUGUUGUUGUAUCGCCGAGCCUGCUACAAGUGUGGCAACCUUGGCCACUUUGCUGGCAAGCAGCCCGGACAUGAGUCCAGCAGCUGCCCGCUUCCCCGUACCACCGAGACCAAGCAGUGCUACAACUGCCAGGGGGUAGGCCACGUUCAGGCUGAUUGCCCUUCGCUUCGCAUUAACGGUGCCACCGGCCGCUGCUACAACUGCGGCCAGGCCGGCCAUCUCGCUCGCAAAUGUCCCAUUCCUGCUACGGGUGCUCCUCGGGCCCCUGCUGGCCCCCGGGGUGCCUUCAACCCUGGCUUCCGUGGCGGAUAUUCUCGUCCUGCCACCUGCUACAAGUGCGGUGGCCCCAACCACUUUGCUCGUGAUUGCCAGGCUCAGGCAAUGAAGUGCUACGCCUGCGGCAAGCUGGUAUGGCUUCCAAUCGCCAACCUCCUAUCCCUCCCAAUCAUCCUGACUAACGGUUUUCAGGGCCACAUUUCUCGCGACUGCACUGCUCCCAACGGUGGCCCCUUGAGCUCUGCCGGCAAGGUUUGCUACAAUUGCUCCCAGGCCGGCCACAUCUCUCGCGAUUGCCCCAACGGUGAUGUCCCGAAGCCUAUCGAUGCGACUACUGCCGCCCCUGCCGCGCCUGUCCCUGCCGCCGGUGGUGAGGCCAGCCAGGAGGCCGCCGCUGUUGCGCCUCCAGCUCCCGCCGCUGUUGCCUUGCCUCAAUAA